AUCGCCCACUAUCUUCUCUGCUACUAGCAUGGAACUGGCUUCGACAACAACUUCUCGCUAAAGAAACUGCCAUUCUAGAUCUACCUCUGUUCAAGUUAGGAGGGAAACCUCGCGAAAAAGAAGACAAGAUAAAAGGCACAGUUGUAAUUUGUGGUGGUAGUAUAUCUGGCUUGAUAAUCGCACGUGUGUGUCAUGACCACUUUGAGCGGGUCUUGAUCAUAGAGCCCGAGGCUUGGCUGAUGAUGGAAUGCCGACUCAGGCAUGACUCAGAAGAAUAAGCGCACCAGAGUUAUGCAGUAUCGCUCUGCUCAAGGUCCGAUCCAACUUAUGGGCUUCCUUGGUCUCAAAAGACUCUUCCCGAACUUUGAGAAAGAAUGUUUGGCUUCCGACAUACGGUAAAUUAAGUAACCACCAUUCCGCAUC